CAGAAUUGGUACAUGAAAAUCGGAGACGUCAGGUGUGUACACAGCUGCAGCAGCGGGACCGUCCCUGCCCCUUCUCUGGCCUCACUGCAGAUCAGGUUUAAGGAGAUCAUGGAGGUUUCAAGUCCCAGGACUGAAGCUUCAGCAAUUGACCCUAGUUCCAAGCUUUUCUGCUGCAGAUCUGUGAGGCGUUGCAUCCCUCUGGUAUAUAGACAGGAGCUCUACCACAUCCUGUGCCUGACUGGACCCAUGGUUGCAUCGCACAUUCUGAAUCAUCUUCUGCCAUUUGUCAUAACAAUAUUUUGCGGUCGCCUGGGAAACAGUGUGCUGGCUGGUUAUGGAAUGGCCUCAGCUACGAUUAACAUAACUGCAGCUACAGGUGGAGGUCUUGCACUGGCGGCUGACACCCUUAUCUCUCAGACCUUCGGUGGGAAGAAUCUGCGCCGGGUUGGCAUCAUCUUGCAGAGGAGUGUCCUGAUCCUCCUAAUCUUCUGUUUGCCCUGUUGGGGUGUACUCAUCAACACCCAGCCCCUUCUCCUGCUGCUGGGUCAAGAUCCAGAGGUGGCCAGGAUAGCUCAACUCUACGUGGUUUGUUACCUGCCAGCAGUUCCAGCUUUGUUUUUGCAUCAGCUGCAAGUAGCCUAUCUCCAGAACCAGGGAGUGAUUCUGCCUCAGAUGUAUGCAGCCAUUGCAGCCAACAUUGCAAAUGUGGUGACAAACUACAUCCUUCUGAACUGGUUGAACCUUGGGUUAUAUGGAUCUGCUGCUGCCAAUACCAUAUGUCAGAUCUAUAUUUGUGUUUUCCUCUAUUUAUAUAUUCGCUGGAAGAAACUGCAUGUUGAAACAUGGGGAGGCUGGUCAUGUGACUCACUGCAGGAGUGGGAUGGAUAUAUGAAACUGGCCAUCCCCAGUUCCUUGAUGCUCUGCUUUGACUGGUGGAUUUAUGAGAUUGGAGGAUUCUUAGCAGGCAUGUUAGGAGAGAUGAAUCUGGCAGCUCUACAUGCAGUCAAUAUGCUGGCUCUUACAAGCUACGUGAUUCCUUUAGGGUUUAAUGGUGCGGCGUGUGUACGUGUGGGUAAUGCACUUGGAGCAGGAGAUACGGCCGGAGCCAUCCUCACCAGCAAGGUGUCCCUCACCUGCGCAGCUGCCUUCGCUGUUUUGCAAGGUCUUGUGCUUGCAUCAACAAAAACUGUGAUUGGUUUCUUAUUUACAUCAGACAGGCAUAUUGUGGCGCUCGUCUCCAAACUCUUAAACGUCUAUUGUGUGCACCAGUUGUUUGAUGGUCUUGUUUGUGUCAGCAUGGGUAUUCUGUUGGGUUCAGGGAAGCAGAAGAUUGCAGCUUUAGUAAAUUUCCUUGGGUAUUACUGCAUUGGACUUCCACUUGGCGCUUCACUCAUGUUUGCUGCGAAAUUAGACCUUAUUGGCUUUAUGCUGGGACUUCUCGUUUCUGUUUGUGUGCAGUCCAGUAUUUUCAUUGCAGUCAUUCUUAAACUCAACUGGGAGCAAGUGACUAAAGAGGCUGUGGAAAGAGCUGGAAAGCGUAAAAUCCCUGCAAUGUCCACUCCGGAUAGUCUCACAGCAAGGCACAGAGAGAAUGGGGAUGAGUACAUGAGCAUGAACUCAAAUGAUCAGAACGAGGAGACAGACGUGGAGGAAAAGCCCCCAGUUCUGCUCUCUACCGCUCACCUGAUCCUCAGGAGGGGUCUGACCACCCUCGCUGCUCUUCUCAUCCUAGCUGCUGGGAUAGCUGUCCAUCUCACUGUGCCUUUACCUGAGGUGUCUUACGCUGUCAAAGCAAAUACUACUUUGGACUUAAAUGUUACUACGCCUUCAUCUCUCAUCCAUUCAACUACAGUCUCAAUGUGAGAACCAGAGGCUAGAGCUGCAGCUGUUCAAACAUGCAGUUUUUCCCAGGUAUUUUCUGUUUAGCCAUUUUCUAGAACGUUAUAGUUUCCAAAACACGUUUAAUCAUUUCUGAAGCAUUAGAUAAAAACAGAAAUGCAACUAUAUUUGAUUUUAAGAAUAUUUUGUUUUGUUGCAAAACAAGACAAAACACUGAUUAAGAACGUAAUAUUUUAAAAACUUCUAUUUGAAAACCUAUUUUUAAACAUCAUAGCUUUGCAUAAUAUGCAACAAAUACAACUGCAUAGUUUUCAAUCAUGAGCAGUCUCUGAAUCAUAUUUCAUAUAAUCAGGCAUUCCUAAUUUGAUUUGUUUUGAUAAAAAAAAAACUGAUUAAAGGUUAAAAUGUUAACACAGAUGGUCUGAUAUUGAUUCAUCCUUGGCACACAUCCUUAAUAUUUGAAACAUAAUUAGAAAAGAAUAAAAGGAGACGUAUUUGUGUAUGCACAAUAUUUAUUUACAAAUUGUAGAAAAGUUACAUGUAUAAAAUAACAUACUUGUAUAAUUUGUUACUCAUCACACAUUUGCAAUAUUAAAAUUCAUGAGUCCA